UGGCUGGCCGGUGCGCGGCGAGCCUUGCUUCCGGGCGGCGCUCCGGGUGACGUAGUGAGCGCGCCGCGCCUCGUGGGCUGAGCGACGGCGCGCGAAGUAGAUGGAGGUCAUCUGGGGCGGUGGCUGUGGCGGCGGGGGCUUUGGAAUCACUUGUUAGGCAUCUUGCCUCCCUGCCACCAGGGCCACCAUGGCAGCCCGCCUGGUGAAGCAGUGCACAUGCUUCCUGAGAGAAGCCAUCCGCUUCACACCUGCCUCAUCUCCAGUUGGCCAGUUGAGACUUGCUGGUGUAGCCCAUAGGACUCUGACUUCCUCAACAGUCUCACCCAGUUCCCACUUCCCAGCUUCCUUGACGGGGCUCGUGGAGAAGGAGCCAGUGUUUACUCCCUACCCAGAGCACCAGGAGGUGGACCAGCUGAUUGAAAAAGCUACCAGGCCAGAGGAACUGCUAGAUCUGCUUGGUGCUGGUCACUGCUUGCACCAGAACCAUGCUGCCCUCAUCCUCAUCCAGCUCUCCCGCCUGCUAUUUAAGAAUCCUGAAGACAAAGCCUCUGUCUUGCAGGACGCCCGCUUUCAGCAGCUUCUUCAUCUUGCCAACAGUCAGUUAUCGUCCGUCUGGCACGGAACCCUCGUGAAGCUGCUCAGGAGCCUCUAUGCAUUGGCACUACCCCAGGCCUCCAGUGAACUCCGAUCGGUGGAGCAGGAGGUCCACUGGCGCCUGCACAGGCUUAAGUACAAGCAGUUAGCCUUCCUGGCCGAGUCCUGUGCCACCUACAUGCAGGAGCGGGGCUCCGGAGAGCUACUGGCUGAGCUGCUUGGGCACCUGGAGAGACGCUGGGCAGAAAUCGAAGACAGCCGCAUGGUGGUGGCCAUCAUGAUGAAAACGGGCCACCUUUCUGAGUCACUGAUGAACCGUCUGGAAGACAAGUGCCUGGAGCUGGUGGAGCAGUUUGGCCCUGAUGAACUGCGAAAGGUGUUGGUGACUCUGGCGGCACAUAAUCGGCGGUCUUUGCCCUUGCUGCGGGCCAUCUCCUACCACCUGGUCCAGAAGCCCCUUACUUUGACAAAAGGUGCCCUCUUGGACCUGGUGUACGCCUAUGGCAAACUCAACUUCCACCAGACCCAGGUGUUCCAGCGCCUGGCAGCCGACUUGCUGCCCCACGUGCCCAGCCUGACGCCUGGCCAGGUCGCCCGGUGCGCCAAGUCCUUCACCUUCCUCAAAUGGCUCAGUCUGCCAUUAUUCGAGGCCUUUGCCCAGAACGUCCUUGACAAGGCUGAGACCAUCCCUCUGUCGCAUCUGUGCAACGUGGUCCUGGCAUUUGCCCAUCUGAACUUCCAUCCAGAACAAGAGCAGUUCUUCAGCCUGGUGCACAGGAAGCUAGCAUCAGAGCUGGCAGGCCUGCCCCCAGCUCUCCAGUUGGAUGUGGUGUGGUCCCUGUGUGUGCUGCAGCAGGUGCAGGAGGCAGAGCUACAAGCUGUCCUCUGUCCAGAGUUUCACACCCAAUUUGUAGGUGGCAAGUCUCCAAAGGAUCAGGACGCCCUUCAGAAGCUGCUCCACAUCAACGCCACUGCCCACCUGGAACACCCCGAAUACACAGGCCCUCUCUUGCCAGCCUCAGCCUUGGUCUUCAGACCCACAGACCUUGACCAGAAAGUGACCCCUUUGCAGAAGGAGCUGCAGGAGACUCUGAAGGGGCUUGUGGGAAGUGCAGACAAGGUCUGCUUCACAGUGGCCACACAGUACGGCUGGGUUCUGGAUGCUGAGGUGCUGCUGGAUGCCGAUGGCCAGAGUCUAGCCCCAAGGGACUUCAUCGCUCCUCACGCCCAGCCAGUCGGGAGCCAGCCACUGCCCCCUGGGGCCAAGAGGCUGGCCUUCCUGCGAUGGGAGUUCCCCAACUUCAGCAGCCGGAGCAAGGACUUGCUGGGUCGCUUUGUGCUGGUUCGGCGCCACAUGCUGGCUGCCGGCUUCCUUUUGGUGGAUGUCCCUUACUACGAGUGGCUGGAACUCAAGUCUGAAUGGCAAAAAGGUGCCUACCUCAAGGACAAGAUGCGCAAAGCUGUGGCAGAGGAAAUGGCCAAGUGAUCCUGUCCCCACGGCCUGGACUGUGUGCCCAGCGGCCUGACUGCUGUCUCACCCCGUAGGGCUCACCUUGGGCUCUGGGUGAGGAAGAGGUGUCAGGAUUCAGGAUGGACCUUCUCAGUGCAGGACCUUGGUCAAAAGUGGUGGUGGCCCAUAGCCCCAAGUGGCGGAUUUUCCUCUGGUGGAUAAUAAAUCUUUAAUUUUGGUGUUCAGCACCAAGAAGCUUC